AUGGACAAGAAAGCAGGCAUGGAGUCGCCAUAUCAAGCGAUCUUGACUACACCAAGCACACAUCCGUUGCACAAGCACAUCCCUCCGGUGCGGAGGUACCGCAAGGCCGCAUACAUCUCUCUCGCCUACAUCGUGCUCUUGGUGGUGCCGUGGGCUUUGACGUGCUGCCUUUGGUACCGUCCGGAUGCCAUCAUCCGUCCGCAGCGCCGCCACUUCUACGGAACUUGGACCCAGCAAGACUACGAUGAUGCAUGGACACGCUCCGCCGCAGCGACCAAGAUUGCAGCCGCGCUCAUCAACCUAACGGGUGUCCUCGGCAUCCCCGUCGUCGUGGCUCUCCUUGCUCGUGCUGCUGUCGUCGCCUCUAUGCGCCGCCGGCCGGGGCAGAAGCUCAACGCGCGCCAGCUCUUCUCACUAGCCGAUGGCCAUUGGUUCUCUCGCAAGCGAGACAAGCCCGUCAGUUGGUUUCUGCUCGGGCUUGCGUUAAUUGUCACACCUUCACUGCAGGGCGCUCUGCUAGAGACUGGGACCCGCGAGUUUCCACCACCCGUCGACGACGACGUAAGCUUCGACGUUGACACAGGCACCACGCUCGUUGGCUACGACCCGUCUCCGGCAGUUCUUGACGCACUGUCCCUGGCGCCGGUGCUCGCCACGCUCCGGCAAAAGCUAAUCAACGGGGGGAGAGAGGAGCUCCAGCGCUAUGUGUGGUUCUUUGGCCAGAGCCAACCGCGGGAACCUUUGCAGAGCCAGUCUGGCUACACCCUGCGAGAGAUCUUGACGAGAAUCAAUGGGAAUGGUGAAGGCGCGGACUUUGGCGUCUCCUCGGUGCCCUGGGGCGUGGAGACCGGCACAAGCCAGUAUCAUGCGCUGGGCAUGACCAGCUAUGCGACGUGUGCGCCGAUCGACAGGACGGCGUUUCCCGAGCCUUGCCCGGGACCACACCCGUUCACCACUCAGCUCGAUUUCCCGACCGCCGGCGGCCUGCGUGUAUGUGUCCCGGGUGACUUCUCUCGGGCGCUCUGGGAGAACAAUCUCAAGAAACAGGACGUUGAAGAAGAGCUCUUCGUUGAUGUCAGCUAUGGACCGACAAGUAGUUUGCAGAGGUUCACCACACGAUGCACAGCCAAGUCGAGUCGGGGCUACAUCAAAGUCGGUAGCGAAGGCAAGCCAACAAUACAGGCGGCGUUUGUGGACAGCCUCCCCGACCAGGAGCGUAGGAGGAUCUACAACCCAGCCAGCAAGAACAAGGAUCCCUCGAGCUACGUCCAGCCGAGCUACCCAGACCCGUUCAACUCGCUUCCGCUCAACGCCUCGGGCCCCCUGAUGAUGGCCUCGAUCGCCCUCUUCGGCAACCAGUCCAUCAUCGCCCUCGCCCGCAACCAGACGGCCGAGACCUUCGGCGACGCCCUCGUCCGCGCCUGCGAGGACGACAUGGUGCCCUUCUCGCGCCUCGGCGCCGCCUUCUCCGACUCGGCCCCGGCCAAGGCCUGCGCCGGGCUGGCGGCGGCGCGCUCCGGCCCCUCCUCCCCCGACAGCCGCCUGCUCUCGAGCAUGGCCUUCGAGGCCGUCAACGCCACCGUCGCGCCCUUCGCCGGCGACGCGCGCCGCGGCGCCUCGCUGCUCGACCUGGCGACGCUCUUCGCCAACGAGGCGUACCUGACCACCGCGGCCUCGGGCCAGGUCGGCGACGGCGCCGUCGUCAGCAGGAGCUUCGCGACGCCCGCGCGCGCCGUCUUCCGCCAGCCCGGCGUCCGCCUCUUCGUGCCGCGGAUGAGCACGGUCGCCCUCGCUGCGAUCAGCGCGCUGGUGGGCCUGCAGGUCGCGCUCAUCGCCGUGCUGCUGUGGUACGUGUACAGCGUGCCGACGUGGACGGAGCGGCUCGACGCGCUGGCCGUCGCGCGCCUGGCGCUGCAGAUGCCGGAGCUGUCGCCGCUGUCGCGCCUGGGUCUGUCCUGCGUCGACAAGGCCUGCCGGUCGCGGGGGCUCGAGCCGCUGGAGAGUGUCGACGCGCUGGUCGGCGUGGCGGUGGCGGCGGUGGGACCGGACCAGGAGAAGGGCGGGUACCGGUCCGAGACGGCUCCCACGACGAGCGGCGCAGCGUCGACAGGGGCACACACGAAGGAGGUCACGCUGGCAGUCGGAGGUGAAGGGAACCCGUUCAAUACCGGCCUGCAGGCCUCAGCACCCCUCAUCAGCCUCCCUCUCUCCCAUUCCCAUCCCUUCCACCUUGGCAAACGAAACAUCACCACUACCCCUUUCCACUCUUCACUCCGCACCCUUCCGCCCAAUAACCCAAAGGAACUCCGCCCCCUCCUCAUCCUCCAGAAUCUCAUGCGCGACGACCCGGAUCCCCAGCCCCUCCAUCCUGCGCACCGUCUCCCCCGCCCCGAGCCCGGCCCAGUACAUCCACCCUUUCUCCUGCCCCAGCCACUGCUCGUCAACGGCGCCCCGCACCUCCCCGGCCGAGAAGUUGGCCAGGAAGUAACCCCCGGGGCGCAGCCAACCGGCGACCCGGCCCAGCAGGGUCUCCUGCUCGGCGCGCGGCAGGUGGAUGACGCUGUAGAAGGCGAGCACGGCGUCGAAGGAGGCCGGCGGGAAGGACAGCGCCAUCAUGUCGCCCUCGAGCCAGGUGACCCUGUCGCCCGCACUCCCGACGUUGGCCCUGCCGAGGCGCACCUGCUCCGACGAGAGGUCGUUGGCCGUGACGCGCGCGCGCGGCAGGGCCGUCACCAGGUGCCGCGUGACGGGCACGCCGGCGCCGCACCCGAGCUCCAGGAACGAGAGCUCCCUCGACUUGCCGUCGUCACCGUCACCGUCACCGUCACCGGCGAGCAUGAGGUCGAGCAGCUUCUGCAGGUAGGCCAUGCGUUUCGGCGAGUGGUCGACCGUCCAGGCGUUGUACUCGACGGCGAUGGCGUCGUACGACUCCUUGAGGCGGGCCUUGAGGUCCUGCGGCGGCUCGGUGUUGUUGUUGCUGUUGGCGGCGGCGUCCGUCAUGUUUCGGAUUCCUGUCCCCGAGAUGACCCAGCGGGAAGCGGAGGUGCGUGUGCGGGCUGGGGGCUGCGGAAAGUCUGGUGUGAGCUUGUGAGUGACCAGUGGGGAUCAUUCGGCUCGAGUCUGGCUGUUUUUGCUGAUGAGGCUUUUGACUUACCUGACAAACCUGGGGAGGGCGAUGGACCGGCUUGUCUAUAUACCUAG